CAUAUAAAUACGAUGAGAAUUUGAAUCGUUCCUUCUUUUAUCAUUAAAUUCAUCUUUCUUUUUUUUUAUAAUCCCACCCAUUCAUUAAAAUGAAGAUUUCUGUUGCUUCCUUCCUUGUUUUGACUGCUGUCUGUGCUUCUGCAGUCUCUGCUUCUCCUGUUUCCACAAACAACAGUCUUGAGACAGUCAACAUUGAACAAUCCCUCAAUCUCGCUCCUUCUUUGGAUAAGCGUACUUUUGUUUGUCCCUGUCAAGCCAAUGAUAACCUCAUUAGUGUUCUUAUGGGUUCUUUCAAGGCUGAUCUUAAUGCUCGUAUUUUCUCUCCUAUCUCUGUCACUUUCUCUGAAAGAGCUGCUGCCUCCAUGGGUAUCUAUUCCUUCCUUGGUGGUGCUUUUGACAUUGGUAUGUCUACUCUCCAGUCCAUUGAAGCUUCCGCUAUUGCUAGCUUGAGAGCCUCCUUCAGUGCCAGUUUGGAAGCCCGUAUCAAUGCUGAAAUCUACGCUGAAAUUGAAGCCAAACUUCGUAGAAAGUGUGGUAACCGCAAAUUGACUGAUGAUAUGCUCAUUGCGAUCUUGGUUGAGAUCCAUGCUGAAGCUAGAACCUUGAUUCAAGCUCGUCUCCCCACGAUUAGUGCUGGUUUGCAAACUAAGGCCAAGAGCUGUGUUGGUUCUACUAUCUUUGGUAUCAGAAGAAAGGUUCCUGCCCACAUCAGAUCCAGAAUUGGUGCUAAUGGCCGUAUUCGUGGCUACGGUUAUGGUCGUCUCGGUGGCGGUUUCAGAGGUCAUGGUCACGGUCAUGCUGGUGCUAACGUAGGUGCUGGUGCUCACGUCGGUGCCGGUGUUGGUGCCGGUGCUCAUGGUUCUGCCAAGGGCAAUGUUCACGGUUCUGCCAAGGGCGAUGCUCACGGUUCUGUUAAGGGUGACGCUCAUGGUUCUGCCAAGGGCGAUGCUCACGGUUCUGUUAAGGGUGAUGCUCACGGUUCUGUUAAGGGUGAUGCUCAUGGUUCUGUCAAGGGCGAUGUUCACGGUUCUGCCAAGGGCAAUGUUCACGGUUCUGUUAAGGGUGAUGCUCAUGGUUCUGUCAAGGGCGAUGUUCACGGUUCUGCCAAGGGCAAUGUUCACGGUUCUGUUAAGGGUGAUGCUCAUGGUUCUGUCAAGGGCGAUGCUCAUGGUUCUGCCAAGGGCGAUGCUCAUGGUUCUGCCAAGGGCGAUGCUCAUGGUUCUGCCAAGGGCAAUGUUCACGGUUCUGCCAAGGGCAAUGUUCACGGUUCUGUUAAGGGUGAUGCUCAUGGUUCUGUCAAGGGCGAUGUUCACGGUUCUGCCAAGGGCAAUGUUCACGGUUCUGUUAAGGGUGAUGCUCAUGGUUCUGCCAAGGGCAAUGUUCACGGUUCUGCCAAGGGCAAUGUUCACGGUUCUGUUAAGGGUGAUGCUCAUGGUUCUGCCAAGGGCGAUGUUCAUGGUUCUGCCAAUGGCGAUGCUCAUGGUUCUGCCAAGGGCAAUGUUCACGGUUCUGUUAAGGGCGAAUCUGACUAUGGCUACGAAUACAACUUCAACACUGAAUUGGAAGGUAGCUUCAACGCCAAGGCUACCAUUGAUGCUUCUAUCAACACUGGUCUCAAGGGUUGUAACAACUGGAAUCACGAAUCCUUUGCCAAGAAGGUUAUUGCCUCUUUGUAAAUGAUCAACUCUUUUCCGUUUGAUUAAUGUAUAUAUUACUUGACUAUGCAUACAUAUACCUUUUUCUACGAUAACUAUCAUAUCUGUACUCUUUAUUUCUCUACAUCCUAUAUAAUCACUACAUCAAUGACUUGAAUAAAAAAAACACUUCAUUCUAAUUAC